AUGUCGGCUCCAGCGGACUCCACCAUGAGUGGUGGUGAAGCUGCGCCAGUUGAAACCUCGCGGCUCGAACAGCCUAACGAUGCGGUAGCCAUGGAAUCAAUUACGCAGCCCUCCGAGCAGGUACCUGCCGAUCACUCGCGCGAAGCCGCCGAUAAGACGAUUGCAGCCGAGCCAGCAUCCUCCACAGCAGUCCCGACGACAUCCGAGAGCAUCGAUCAGUCAACGGCUGCGGCAUCAGCUUCACCAAAGGGCAAGGAAAAGGAGUCUGUUCCUCCUCCACCGACCAAGCAAGACUCGAAUUUGGGCAUUGGGCCUGCUGUUGACGAUAUCAGGGAGGUUUCAGGGGGCUCUUCGGACGGGCCCGUUUGUACCAUCACUCUUCUCCUUACUUCAGGAAGUAGACAUCCUUACAAAAUUGACGCGAAAUAUUUGAGUAGGAGGAACGUGGAUAUCCCAGACCAGACGGAGGAUGGCCUUCCAGAUCCGUUCAGUAUCAGCAUUUACACUCUGAAGGAAUUAAUAUUGCGGGAAUGGCGAAGUGAUUGGGAGGCAAAGCCUGCUAGUCCCAGCAGCAUUAGACUCAUUCACUUUGGAAAAUUAUUGGACGAUAAGGAGCAGUUGAAGAAGUAUCAACUCUCAACGGAGAGCCCCAACGUCGUACAUAUGAGCAUUCGGCCACAAGACCUUGAUGAGGAAGAGCCUAAGACGGGAAAUAAGAACAUCUCAUCAAAUGGCGGUGAUGGCCAGCGCUCUCGUGGUGGAGGUUGCUGUGUCGUCUUAUAA